CCCGCACUGCGCACUGCGCACUGCGCACUGCUCCUGACACUCCCUCCCUUCGAAUCACAGUACAAAGAGAGCUACGCCACUGCCCGCCCUCUGCUCGCAGCCCGCCAUCAUCGUCCUCCUGGAGAUACACACAAAGAAAGCCGCCAACCGAUCUGCACCAGCACACCGAAAGCCUAAAUUCUAGAAUCGAAGGCAAAGGAUACUAUGGCCGGCGAAGACGCAUACCACCACUGCCUCGACUGCAACAAAAAAUGGGCCCAAGAAGUCCAACAAAAAGAACCAAACUUCUUCCCCACCCAAGCCAAAGGCCAAGCUCCUCCCAUCCUCUGGCUAGGCUGUGCCGACUCGCGAGUCCCCGAAACCACAAUCCUGAACUGCAAGCCCGGCGAUGUCUUCACCCACCGUAACAUCGCCAACAUCAUCAACCCAACCGACAUCUCCCUCCGCUCCAUCGUCCAAUUCUCCGUCUUCCACCUCAAAGUAAAAUACAUCGUCGUCUGCGGCCACACCCAAUGCGGAGGCGUCGCAGCCUCCCUCGCGAAUUCCAAAUUAGACAUCUUGGACAUUUGGCUCGAGCCUCUUCGCACGCUUCGAGAAAAGUAUGCCGACGAGUUGGAGGCUAUGGACGAGAAGGAGAGGGGUUUGUUUCUGGCCAAGAAGAACGUCCAGAAUGGCGUGGAACAUCUCAAGAGGUUCCCUGUCGUUAUUGAUGCGAUGAGGGAGAGGGGUUUGGAGGUGCAUGGGUGUAUUUAUCAUUUGGAGAAGGGCGAGUUGGAGGAGAUUGAUGAGCCUGAGGAUGAGAAGGUUGCCGAUAAGAGGGUGAGGGUUUUUGAGAGGAAGUAGCGUGUCGGCUUCUUUCAUGAGUGAUGAUCGGUCCUGGGCAGUUGCAUGUGCUAUGUUGAGCAUUUAGUAGCAGGGUAUGUAUGCAUGGAUGGGUGGGUGGCACUGAACCUGUGUGUGGAGAGUUGCUCUUUCGAUAGAUUGAGAUAUGAUCGCUGAAACGCAGUAGCAUUAUUACCAUGAUGCCCAUACCACCACAUCCAUCCUAAAAUUCAACCUCCAGCCUG